UUUCCACGUCACACUGUUUUGCGCCUCAUAUUUCCGCUGGUCCCUGAAGGCAGCACGAGUCCAGGUUAAUCAGAGCAGAAAGCAGCAGCUUCGUCCAGCUCAGUCAGUCUGAAGCAAAGAUGGGGGUCAAACCGUCCCAGUGAACAGAAAACCUCUGAUCCUCGGAGAUGAACGCUCUGUGUUGACGUCUGCACCAGAAACGCUGAAGAAUAAGAAGAAACGUGGCCGUUUCGUCCUGCUCCUCCUGCGCAUCCUGCGGGAACACCGACACCCACAAAGUUUGGAGCCUCCUCGACUGGCGUGAAAAAGUUCUGCAGACUUGCAGAGAAACGUUUAGGAGAGAUGUCCGAGCCAGAGAAGAAAGACAACAUCCCCGACGAGGCUGCAGGAACAGGAAAAGAAAAAGGAAUUCCUAACGGAGGGAAUCCUUCAAAGACCAAAGAGGAUUUCGACCUGGCUGCCAUCUACGUGUCGGACGCUCAGUACAACAGAAACAUCCACUUUGACACGUCUGCACAGGCUGUGAGACUGUAUCUGCUCUACAACCACUGGCUUCCUAAGGUGCUUCUCUACUUCUUCAUCCUGGUGGAUCUGUCUCUGGCCAUCUUCGAGGAUCCAGCUGUCGUCCCUCUGCCCACAUGGGCGACCAUGCUGGUGGAGCUGCUCUGCCUGCUCGUCUUCACCAUCCGGCUCGUUCACUACGCCAAGGUGAUCCCUCGAGACAAGUUCUGGAAAGACCCCAAAAACAUCUGCAUCAUCGCCAUCCUCGUGCUCACUCUGAUCGACAUGAUCAUCUACGGAGCGCUGAAAGCUACAGACUAUUACGCCGUCCGCUGGUCCAGAGUCCUGCGUCCGCUCCUGUUGGUCAAUGUCACAGAGGGUCGACAGCUCCGCAGAGCGUUCCGAAGCAUCCGCAACGCUUUGCCUGAGAUCUUCUAUGUCUUCCUGCUCUUCAUGUUCAGCGUCCUCAUCUUCUCCCUCAUGGCUCUAAAACUACUGGGCAAGCGAGGCCUGAAGACCACUGAUGGGUCGCCAUACUUCACCGACUACCUGGAGAUCGUCUUCGAUCUGUACGUCCUCGUCACCACAGCCAACAGCCCCGACGUCAUGAUGCCGGCGUACAACUCCAGCUUCCUGUUUACCCUCUUUUUCAUCCUGUACAUCUUCAUCAACACCUACAUCUUCAUGUCUGCCUUUUUGGCCGUCGUCUUCAACAACUACAAAAAAUACCUGAAGGAAGAGGUACGGCAGCUGGUGAGGGCCAAAAGGCACAAGAUGGUGCGAGCGUUUGCUGUUUUACAGGAGAGCAGGGAGGAGGGCAGGGGGCCAGUGGUGACCCACGCCAACUGGAACCAGGUGGUCCGACUGGUCCAGCCCAGCAUCAGUAACCCCCACAGAGAGCUGCUGUGGAACGUGUGCGAUGACAAGAACCAGGGCUUCAUCGGUAAGUUGGCGUUUGUCCAGCUCGCCGACCUCCUGAACAUCGAGGUGAUCACGCUCAAGUCGAGGCCACACCCACUUCAGAGUUUAUGCCCCGCCUUCUACCUGUCAGGCCCCAGCCGCCUCCUUUGCCGAUUGGUCCAACACCGGGGCUUCGUGAUCGUGUACGACCUGAUCAUCCUGGUCAACGCCGUGUUCAUCGGUCUGGACGAAGAGAAUCCGAUGAUCGCCAACUCCGAGUGGGUUUUCCUGGCUCUCUAUCUGCUGUACGUCUUCGAACCCAGGAGCUUCUUCUCCAAACACAGCUUCUGGAACUGGUUUGACACCACCAUCGUCAUCUCUGCGCUCAUCGCCACCAUCGUCAACUCCACCCUGAAGUCAUCGGGGGGUUACACCAGCCGACAGAUCCUGGACAUCGUCUUCAUCCUGCGAGUCCUCAGACUGAUCCGGGUGGUGGACAGCAUUGGGAGGUUUCGCACAAUCAUCAACACCCUGAUCAGGAUUGGACCGGCCAUCCUCACCUUUGGACAGCUCAUCCUCGUGAUCUACUACGUCUUUGCCAUGGUGGGGAUGGAGUUGUUCAAAGGGAAGGUGAGGUUUUAUGAACCCGGCAAGGUGUACUGUGGAAACCCCCUUCUGAACGGAACGGCCUUCGCACAACUCAACUACUGCAAGAACAACUUUAACAACAUAGCGUCCUCCUUCAUCCUGCUGGUGGAGCUCACGGUGGUCAACCAGUGGCACGUGCUCAGCAGCGGCUUCGCCACCGUCACCCACAUGUCAGCCAGGAUCUUCUUCGUGCUCUUCCACAUUUUGGUGGUCAUCGUCAUCAUCAAUAUCUUCGUGUCGUUUGUCCUUGAGGCGUUCUACGUGGAGUACUCGGUGGAUAAGGGCGACCUGCAGACGGCUCUGGAGAGGAAGAUCGAGGAACUGGAGCUGGCUGUGGCCCAGGAGAAGCUGGAGGAUAACUUGGUGAACGCUAUGGAAACCUCUGACAACGACCUGGGAACUGGCCAGUCACCGACCGCAAACAAACCCGCACUGAUGUUUAAAAUCGCUUCAAAAAGGUAUCGGACGGUGGACGCCUUCCUGCAGCGGAUGUUCGAGGCCGAUCUCGACCCUGAGGACUUUGCAGAGAACAACGAUCCUGAAGCUCAGGCAAGCGGGAGCUUUGCGAACCCGACGUUCAACUCUAUGUAAAACAUUUGUGUACAAACACGUGUGGAGGGAAGCAGAUUCUGUUACUUCUGCUCGGUUUUACAGUCAGUAUCAUCUCUGAGUACCAGAUAUGUUUAUUCAGUGCUGUGUGUAAACAGUAUGAUCUGAGUCAUGUCCAGUGUUAUAUUUUUAUAUUUCUGUCUUGUACCUCAACACAAAGGAAAUCAGUAUUUUCACAUAAAGU